GCAGCUACAAUCCCUCCUCCUCCUCUCCGCUGGUCCAUCUAUGCGACAAUUAUAACAUCUCCCCCUCCUCUUCUGCAGAAUUACACCCACUGACCUACCUUUUUCUCCCUCGUGCAUCGCCAAAACUGCAGUUAGGGAGCGUGUGCACGCGGAGCACCUCUCAUACAUCUCCAGAUAGAACAGCUGGACAAAAAGAGCAGACAGCUGGACACUUGAAGAGUUGACAAGAGCUUCUCCAGAACCAGAACCUUAUGGAAACAGGAUGGAAGGAUCCCUCGCAUCUCUGAUGAAGUAGAGCACUCACUGGCACACUCCCAUCCUCCAUUUCCUCUUCCCUCGCUUUCAAAGGGUUGCAGAAUGGAUGAGCAAAGAUGCCCCCUCCCUCCCCCGCUCAAAACAGAAGAGGACUACAUCCCUUAUCCCAGCGUUCACGAGGUUCUCGGUCGCAGGAGCCCUUUCCCGCUCAUUCUGUUGCCUCAGUUUGGAGGCUACUGGAUCGAGGGGACCAAUCAUGAGCCAAAAGACACACCAGAGACGGAUCAACCGCCCUGUCCUGCCUCACAUGUCAAACUGGAGACAAACAGCAUGGCCAAGAUUUACAGGAAGCAUUUCAUGGGCAAGGAACACUUUAAUUAUUACACCAUGGAUGCUGCUCUGGGACACUUGGUCUUUUCCAUGAAGUACGAUGUCAUCGGGGAUCAGGAACAUCUGCGCUUGAUGCUUCGCACAAAGGUAAAAACCUACCAUGAUGUGAUUCCCAUUUCCUGCCUUACUGAGUUCCCCAAUGUGGUUCAGAUGGCCAAGCUUGUUUGUGAAGAAGUAAAUGUGGACCGUUUUUACCCCGUCCUCUAUCCAAAGGCAUCAAGACUCAUUGUGACCUUCGAUGAGCAUGUGAUCAGCAACAACUUUAAGUUUGGAGUUAUUUAUCAAAGAUUCGGCCAGACAACAGAGGAGGAGCUGUUUGGAAACAUGGAGGAAAGUCCGGCCUUUGUAGAGUUCUUGGAGUUUUUGGGCCACAAGAUCGAGCUCCAUGACUUUAAAGGGUUUCGGGGCGGGUUGGAUGUCACUCACGGUCAAACAGGGACAGAAUCCUACUACACCAGUUUCCAUAAUAAGGAGAUAAUGUUUCAUGUGUCCACCAAACUGCCUUACACAGAGGGAGACUCACAGCAGCUGCAGAGGAAGAGGCACAUAGGCAACGACAUCGUCGCCAUCGUGUUUCAGGAGGAGAACACGCCUUUUGUCCCAGACAUGAUCCAGUCCAACUUCCUGCACGCGUACGCGGUGGUGCAGGUGGAGAAUGCAUGUACAGACAAUGUCACCUACAAGGUGUCCGUGACGGCAAGGGAUGACGUACCUUUCUUCGGGCCCGCUCUGCCUGACCCUGCCAUCUUCAAAAAGGGACCGGAGUUUCGUGAGUUCCUCUUCACUAAGCUCAUCAAUGCAGAGUACGCCUGCUACAAGGCUGAGAAGUUCGCCAAGCUCGAGGAGCGCACACGCUCAGCCCUCCUGGAGACUCUGUACGAGGAGCUGCACAUAAACAGCCAGUCCAUGAUGGGUCUUGGUGGAGACGAUGAUAAGCUAGAGAAUGGGGGCGGCGGGGGAGGAAGCGGUGGAGGCUUCUUUGAAUCCUUCAAGCGGGUCAUCCGCAGCAGAAGCCAGUCUAUGGACGCCAUGGGCCUCAGUAACAAGAAGUCACACACAGUCUCCACUAGUCACAGUGGCAGCUUUACCCACAAUCCCGCAGAGAGCCCCAAAACCCCUGGGAUUUCAUUGCUUGUUCCAGGGAAAAGUCCCAGUAAAUAUGGACGCCGAGGCAGUGCCAUAGGGAUAGGAACAAUAGAAGAGUCACUGAUCAUUCCUGGGAAAAGCCCAACCAGGAAAAAGUCUGGACCAUUCAGCUCGCGUCGCAGCAGCGCCAUUGGCAUCGAGAACAUCCAGGAGGUCCAAGAGAGGAGUCGGGAGGUGUCACCCAGCACCCAGAGGAUGCCGGACAGCACACAUUUUUCACAUGAAAACAGAUCAGACAAUUCAUCCAAUCACAGCUCUCCAGAAUUUGCUGCAACUAAGAACAGUAUGGCCAUGUGUUGCAGGGCGCCGUCCAUCCCCGAGGCUCAGGACCUUUCACGCUCCUCGUCCAAUGCCAGCAGCUUCGCCAGUGUGGUGGAGGAGAAUGAGGGAGAGGACGAGUACGAAACUGGACUGGAGAGUGUGUCUUGUAUCACUCCAAUCAAGAAAGACUCUUUUGUGUACAGCUCUGUGUCUGAGGACAAUACCGGCAGUGGCAGCCAGGAAUGUUUUUCAGCUCCUCAUCUUCAGCAGCAAAGCGAUCCGGCGAAGACAUCAGAGCCGAAGGGGACAGACGGCCAGACCAAGACAGAGCGCCCGUCACAGGAGCACAAGUUCUCGUCGAAUUGUUAGCCAGACUCCUCUGAUCCCUACCAUUGAUGUCCAUCUUCAGCAUUCCCAUAGGAGGAUAUUUUUACCCAAAGCAAGCCAAGGGCCUGUGAUCUCCACUGCUGACAAAGAAGAGGAGCAAGGUUAGAGGCCAGAUCAACAGACUGACAGAUCCUCCUCUGUAUGUUUGGCAUGGAUCUGCUGCCUGUCAAGAGAAAUACCCAGCUCCGUGGACAUGCACCUACCUGUCGCCCUCAUCCAGCUCCAUGUGGAACCCUUCGUGAAUGCUCAAAGCAGAGGAAACAGGACGUCCAUGCCCAUGCAGCAUCAUGUCUCCCCUGUCACCUGUUAGCUGGAAGAAGUCCGGCUGCCUGCUUGUUCUUCAGGCCAGUACUCUCUGGAAACUGAGUCUACACUCAAAUGUUGUGUGUCUCCUGUCAAAGAUCAAGGUUUAAAGAAGGGGUUACUAUUGGUGUGAAAAAAUCAAGACAGAUCAAACAGCCAGUGUUUGCCUAAUGCAAAAGAAAGGUCUACAGAGAAGAAUAUAAAGAGGAAAAUGUUUUUUUAAUGUCAUCGUCCCAUCCCACUGUGAUUUUGUACAUGGGUUAACCUUUGUGGUCCUGGCCAGGUGUGUGUGCCUGUCUCUUGAGCAACAUUUUGUGUUUUACUGAUAGUCUAUUCUUCUUCUAAGUAUUCUGCUGUGGAUAUUUGUCCUGUUUUAUGGCAGAUUUGGUUCAUUUGUCAUGUUUCAAUAGACAAAGUUGUGUACUUCUCAUGGGUGGCUCAGUGCUUGCACCUGGCUAAGUCUGUAAAAACAAGAAUGAAAAACUUUGAUGAUACUUAAGCAAGGCUGUAAUACUCUAGUACCCAUACCAGCAACAUGUUUUUUACCCAUAGACUGUAUUAAUAAGUGGACAUAGCCGUCCUGAUGUCACACAUUAACCCCAUAUAUUUUUAUUUCAUUUUCUAAUGCAACUAUCACCAAUGUUUUUUUUCUUUGGUGGUUUUUAAAAGGUGGAUGGUAUCCAAAAAAGUUGCAUUCCUGCCUGUUACUGGAAAGUACAAAAGUACAGUCCUCUCUGCUAUACUUGUGGAAAAAAACAAAAAUGAUAUAUACAACAACCCCCCCUUCUCACCCCCCUCCUCUGGCAGCAAAGUAUAUAAAUCUUUUCAGUCAUCAGAACCUCAGAAACUCACCUCCUGUGUUUUUAAUCCACCUGAUUUCUUCCUGCCGCUUGUUUCAAACUCAUCUUCAAAAAUGUUACUGUAUAUCCUCACCCAAGCAUCAGAGAAACUACCUCUUGUUAGCUAACUAGCCUUAGUUUUUUUUCUAUAGCGAGUUGUAAUAUAAAUGAGCUGUCUCUAUAGGUAAGCUGUCUUGUUAGCUAACUAGCAUCAGUGAGUGAUGUUUAAUGUUGGCUAACUCUCUUAAAAAGUGAACCGUCUCUAAUGUUAGCUAACUCUCAUAUUAACGGGCACACGGUAAUAAAAGCUUACUGACAGUAAUGUUAACAUACUAAUUCUGUUAGCAAGCCAGCUGUAAUAGCAGCUAACUUAUUUUAUAGGUAGUUAACUACUCUUAGUGAGCAAUUGAAGUGAGCUAUAGCUAAUGUUAACUUUAGCUUUAAUAUAAGUGAGCAAUCUGUAAUGUUAACCAACUAGCUUUUGGAUAAGUGAGCUAUCUCUAUUAUUUGCUAACUGGCAUAAGUGCGCUAUUUCUAUUGUAAGCUAACUUUUGUGAUAGAAGUGAGCCAUCUCUAGUGUUAACUAACUGGUUCUAAGACAAGUGAGAUAUUGCCAAUAUUAGCUAACUAGCUAAUUAAUUAAGUGAGCAAUUUUUUAUAUUAGCUUACUCUCACAUUAUAAGUGAACCAUCUCUAAUCUUAGCUGAUUCCUCUCAGAAAACCAAGCUAUAUCUAAUGAAAACUCUUGCUCUAAGAAAAGUGAGCCAUCUCUUAUGUUAGCUAACUAGCUUGAGCGAACAAUUUCCAUUGUUAGCUAACUCAUAAUAUAAGUCAUCCAUCUCUAAUGUUAUACAAUUGCUGUAAUAAAAGUCGGCUGUCUCUAAUGUUGGCUAACUAGCUCUAAUCCAAACCUUCACCAACGGUGCUACUGGACUUGAUAUUACUUCUCCAAACGGCUUCUUCUUGUCACAUUUAUUAGCAGCCUGCGACACAGUUAGUUUGUUAAUAUAACAGUUACUAGCUCUAUUAACAAAUGUAAUAUUAACUAACAUUCUGUUUUACAAGAUAUCAAGAGCAAGAUAUCUCUAAUUUUAGCAAACUCUCUCUAAUACUAAAUACCUCUUAAAAGUGUUAGCUAGCUUUAGCUAAUGUUAAACUCCAAAGUUAGCAAGCGACCUCUUAUGUUCUUUAAUUCUCUUAUUUUUAAGCUAGCUAUUGCUAACAUUAGCUAGCUUUCUUUAUCAAUAACCUUAGCUAUUGUUUCUAAUGUUUUGAAGUGAACUCUUUGGGACCCUGGGUCUCCAGGGUACGAACAAGACUGUCAAAACAUGAUUUUGCUCACCCACAGUCAAAAGCUCAUCAACAGUUCUACCAAAGAAUAACACUUCUGGUUGUCUCCUUCAAAAUUAAAGUUCCAGAUAGCCUUCCUUAUUGGCGGUGAAAGGAAACUGAAACUCAUAGAGCCUUUUAGUAAGAUAAGAUAAAAUAGUUUACAUUAACUAACGAUUAUUAUUAUUUAUGUUAGUUGUCAAAUUCAAGAUCAAAUUUGAUUUUUAACUACCACUCAGCAUAUCUUGAUUUUACUCAUUGUCCCUCUGCUGUUCAUAUAUAAAUAUUCCGGUAGGAUCUGUUACAUUUCUCACUGCUAGCGAUUAUGGACCAUGUAACACAACUGUACAGUAUUGGGCUAUCAUUUGAGCUUUCGGUUUAGAUCCAGAUGGGGACUUUGUGAGUCUGGUGAAUUAAUUAGAAUUCUACUGUUUUGAAGACUCAGGUUUGGCAUUUUGACAACUGGCAACUGUUGUACUUUGGGAGCCAGAAAUUACCUUAUUUGGAAAGAGGGGGAACAUAUUACUAAGCCCCUAUCUUGUUUGAGGCCACUUCGGCAUCAAUCACAGAUUGCCACGACAUGAGAAGUGGUUCUCAAAUGGUAUAGCGCGAGGAUCUACCACCACCUCCGUAUAAUGGCAAAUAUAAUGGAACAAAAUGUGACAGAGCAAAGACAUGGAGACAUAUUCUUUGAAACAGAAGUGUAUCACUGACUUUUUGCAGCACUUUUUUCCAGGCUCAAAUUUUCAACUCUCUGAAAAUGGCUUCAUUACCCACUUUUGGGUCUCAAUCCACCAGUUGAGAGCCAAGGACCUAAAUCUUUUACUGCUUGAGGGUGAAUCGACUGCACAAAAGUUCUCAUUAGUUUCCAUACAAUUCAGCUUCUCUGUGCAACAAAGUCUCCCCUUGCUGGCCAUGAAACAGAAUGCAUUUUGAGGGGCAGCUCCACAUUUGCUUCACUUUUAAAUACCAACAGGCUAUGUCCACUUGUUACGCAGUCUAUAAUUAACCCCACACCUUAAGGUACUACUGAUAAGAUUUUAUUUUCUCUAUCUCUCCUCUGUCGCACACCACAUGUUGAUUUCUGAUGUCUUUGUAAGGCUGUUUGUUUAUACAGCGGUACUGUGCAUGGUGUAAAUCUGCUUGCCAAAAACCUCUCUUCUGUAAAGUGGUGCCAUGCUUGACUUAGAGGUGUUGUCUUUGUAAUUUGUGUUUUACUGAAAACCAGCCAACAUCUCCAGAUGCAGUGCACAUUGCUGAUCAGAGAGCCAAAUGCCACUGUUUCUAAUUUUAUUUCUAAUGUAUAAUAUAUGUUUGUGAAUCAAGCACUACAUUUUUGGAGAUAUUUCGAAAAUGCUGACCUUUUGGAAUACCUGAUUCAUUGCUGAGUAGGAAUUACACUGUGACUCGUCUUGAAGUUGCCUUUUUAAUGAUUGUGUCGCUGGAGCUGUUUUAAACGAGGGUUAUAUUUAAAGGCACUGCG